GCGCUCGGCAAGGCUGCUCUGACACCGCGUCGGGUCCUCCGUAGUAUGCCCGCAGCGUGGAGAGCUUCCAGCGGUCUGGAUGCGUCGCGGUGACUGAGGGCGCAUCAGUUUCGUUCUUGUCCCAACCCCCCCGGCGCCGGAGUCUUUGGAAAAGGGACGAUGAGGGGAACUCAGGAGUGGGCUGAAGGUGUCCACCAAGUCUGACUCUCUGUGCGUUGGAAGCGCAGAGCCACAAGAAAGAUGUAAGAGGAAUCCGCAGCCGAGCCUCUCGGAUUCUCAGCCAAAAUGCAGAAAGGGAUGAGACUCAAUGACGGCCACAUCACCUAUCUGGCCCUUUUGGCGAAGAAGGACGGGACAAGGCGAGGCUUUUUGAGUAAGAAAAGCUCAGACAACACAAAAUGGCACUCCAAGUGGUUCGCCCUGUUGCAGAAUAUGAUGUUUUACUUCGAGAACGAGUCCAGCUCACGCCCCUCCGGACUGUACCUGUUGGAGGGAUGCGUCUGUGACCGGGCUCCGUCACCGAAACCGUCUAUGUCAGCGAAGGAAUGCUUAGAGAAGCAGUAUUACUUCACUGUCACGUUCAGUCACGAGAACCAGAAACCUUUGGAGCUGCGCACCGAAGAUGUCAAGGACUGCGACGAGUGGGUGGGUGCCAUAACACAGGCCAGUUACAGAAACUUGGCUACAGAGCAUGAGUCCCUCAUGCAGAAGUAUCUUCAUCUGCUCCAAAUAGUCGAGACAGAGAAAACGGUAGCCAAACAACUUCGACAACAGAUAGAGGACGGAGAAAUCGAGAUAGAAAGGCUAAAAUCUGAGAUUGCUGGACUUCUGAAGGAUAAUGAGAAGAUCCAGUCAAAUCCAGAGGUGCCACCCAGUGACGAUGACACAGAGAUCAAGAAGAUCAAGAAGGUGCAGAGCUUUUUGCGAGGUUGGAUUUGCCGCAGGAAGUGGAAAACCAUCAUCCAGGACUACAUCCGUUCACCCCACGCUGAGAGCAUGCGGAAGAGAAACCAGGUGGUGUUUAGCAUGCUGGAGGCAGAAGCCGAGUACGUCCAGCAGCUCCACAUCUUGGUCAACAACUUCCUGCGGCCACUCCGCAUGGCAGCCAGCUCCAAGAAACCCCCCAUCACCCAUGAUGAUGUCAGCAGCAUCUUCCUCAACAGUGAGACCAUCAUGUUUCUCCACCAGAUCUUCUACCAGGGCCUUAAGGCCAGGAUAGCCAGCUGGCCAACGCUGGUCCUGGCUGACCUGUUUGACAUUCUGCUGCCCAUGUUGAACAUCUAUCAAGAGUUUGUGAGGAACCAUCAGUACAGUUUGCAGAUCCUGGCCCACUGCAAGCAGAACAGAGACUUUGAUAAACUGCUGAAGCAGUACGAGGCCAAGCCUGACUGCGAGGAAAGGACACUAGAGACAUUCCUCACAUACCCCAUGUUCCAGAUCCCUCGUUACAUCCUGACGUUGCAUGAGUUACUGGCUCAUACCCCUCAUGAGCACGUGGAAAGAAACAGUUUAGACUAUGCCAAGUCAAAACUGGAGGAACUCUCCAGAAUCAUGCAUGAUGAGGUGAGUGAAACAGAGAACAUCAGGAAGAACCUGGCCAUCGAGCGCAUGAUUGUAGAGGGUUGUGAAGUGUUGCUUGACACCAGCCAAACGUUUGUGAGACAAGGCUCUCUAAUCCAGGUGCCGAUGAGUGAGAAAGGCAAAAUCACAAGAGGCCGUCUGGGCUCUCUGUCUCUGAAGAAGGAAGGGGAGAGACAGGUCUUCCUCUUUUCCAAACAUCUCAUCAUUUGUACCCGAGGAUCGGGAGGAAAACUUCACAUCACAAAGAAUGGAGUGGUGUCUCUUAUAGACUGUACCCUGAUGGAGGAACCCGAGGGAACAGAUGAUGAGUCCAAAGGAGAGCGGAGUGGCCAGGACGCAGAACAUCUGGACUUUAAAGUCAUGGUGGAGCCCAAGGAGAGCCAGCCUUACACCGUCAUCCUUGUAGCCUCGUCCCGACAGGAAAAGUCAGCAUGGACAAGUGACAUAAGUCAGUGCAUCGACAACAUCCGCUGCAACGGCCUGAUGAUGAACGCCUUCGAGGAAAACAGUAAAGUCACAGUGCCACAGAUGAUUAAGUCAGACACCAGCUUGUACUGCGACGAUGUUGACAUUCGCUUCAGCAAGAUGAUGAACUCAUGCAAGGUGCUGCAGAUCCGCUACGCCAGCGUGGAACGCCUGUUGGAGAGGCUGAUCGACUUACGCUUUCUCUCCAUUGACUUCCUCAAUACAUUCCUCCACUCAUACCGUGUCUUCACCAGUGCCGACAUAGUGCUGGACAAGCUCAUCACCAUCUACAAGAAGCCAAUCAGUGCCAUCCCUGCACGCUCUUUGGAGCUCUUCUUCGCCAGCAGCCAGAAUAACAAGCUCCUUUACGGUGAGCCACCCACGUCGCCACGUGCCAGCCGCAAGUUCUCCUCCCCGCCUCCUCUUUCCAUCACCAAGAAUUCCUCUCCGAAUCGCCGACGCAAACUAUCACUCAACAUCCCCAUCAUCACCGGGGGCAAGGCCCUGGACCUCGCUGCACUCAGCUGCUCUCCCAAUGGCUAUGCAAGCAUGCACACAACCAUGUCGCCCUUCAGCAAAACCACACUGGACAUUAACAAGCUCUACGUGUCCAGCACCAUGGCCAGCAAAAUCCCUGAUGAGGGAGAGCCUAAAGCUGAGGGCAAGGCCGAAGACUCGGUCCCCAGCAAGCAAGAUCUGUCUGUCAGAGAGGAAUGCGAUGAAGAGCCGAGUCAGAGUGAUGAGGUAGAAUCAGAAAUGUCUCCGCCCAAGUCCCCGUCAACGCCCAAGAAUGUCAAGUCAAAAAACUCUGAGUUUUCCUUGUUUUCCUUCAACAAUGGCAUGGUGGUAUCUUCUUGCCGGGAGCUUGAGAAUAACCGCAGUGCCCUGUCUGCUGCCUCAGCCUUUGCCAUUGCCACAGCCGGUGCCAACGAAGGAACGCCGACCAAGGAGAAGUACCGCCGCAUGUCCCUCGCCAGCACAGGUUUUCCUACAGAUCAGAGGAACGGAGACAAAGAGUUUGUUAUUCGCAGAGCUGCUACAAAUAGAGUACUGAAUGUGCUGCGUCACUGGGUGUCCAAACACUCACAGGACUUUGAGCUGAACACAGAGCUGAAGAUGCGGGUAAUUGGCUUCCUGGAGGAGGUGAUGCAUGACCCAGAGCUCCUGACACAGGAAAGAAAAGCCGCUGCCAACAUUAUCAGGACUCUCACUCAGGAGGAUCCUGGAGACAGCCAGGCCAGCAUUGAGGAGCUCACGCAGAUGGCCAUGGAGGAAAGUAGGACGGAACCAUUCGAGAAUCACUCUGCCUUGGAGAUUGCUGAGCAGCUCACUAUGUUGGACCACCUGGUCUUUAAAGUCAUCCCGUAUGAGGAGUUCUUUGGACAAGGCUGGAUGAAGAACGACAAGAAUGAGAGAACCCCAUACAUAAUGAAAACAACCAAGCAUUUCAAUGAUAUCAGUGACAGGAUUGCCUCAGAGAUCCUUCACUGGGAUGAUGUCAACAUGCGGGUGGCAGUGAUCGAGAAGUGGGUGGCCGUGGCAGACAUCUGCCGCUGCCUCCACAACUACAACGCCGUAUUGGAGAUCACAUCCUCGCUCAACCGGAGCUCCAUCUUCCGCCUCAAGAGGACCUGGCUUAAAGUGUCCAAGCAGACGAAAACUGUGAUCGACAAGUUGCAGAAGCUGGUAUCAUCAGAUGGCCGCUUCAAAAACCUAAGGGAGGCUCUGAAAAACUGUGACCCUCCAUGUGUUCCUUACCUGGGAAUGUACCUGACUGACUUGGCUUUUAUUGAGGAGGGAACACCAAAUUACACAGAGGACAACCUGGUCAACUUCUCCAAGAUGAGAAUGAUUUCUCACAUUAUCAGAGAGAUUCGACAAUUUCAGCAAACAGCUUACAAGAUAGAUUUCCAGCCUAAGGUGGCGAAGUACCUGUUGGACGGCAGCACAGUGAUGGGCGAGGAGAGCCUGUAUGAAGCAUCUCUCAGAAUUGAGCCCAAAACAUCCUCGUGAAGAGGAACUGUGCCAUGAUAAGGUCCAGAUUAUAGAGACAGUUUUAACUUGUACAUUCAUCAUUAUUUGUAUUAGACACAAUAGGCUGUGCCCUCCUUGUAUUUGCUUCCUAAUGAACUCUGUGUAUUAUUGUUAUUAGAGACCGAGUAGACGCCCACAGAGGUUUUAUUUCUAUAGUUAUAGACUAUAUAUAUAUAUAUAUAAAUAUAUAUGUUCUAUAUUGUCUUAAAUGCUAAUUUAUGACCUGUUUAUUUUGCACUACAGAGAAGAUAGAAAGGCGAGUUUACAGACUUGAUAUUUUACUAUAUCUAAAGAGCAAGUGCAGUGUUAAGCAAAACUCUCAUGCAUAAGAGAACAGCACUUUGUAGGAAGUCGAGAGUCUGCAGGAAUUAUUACUAGCAAGACUUCAUGGAAGUUCCUUUUCUCAAAAUGAUCUAUCUUGAUAAAAAUCACACCAAUGUGAUUUUCAGGUUGCAGUACAAUCACAGAUUCUAAGAGGAUUCUUAAGAUUGCAGUCUACGUUGAGCGUGACUCCACAAAUAAUCAAAAUGGUAGCAGAUUUAGACAUUACUUUCCCAGAAUGUAUAAGUUAUUCUUCCAAACUUAGCAAACAUUUUGAAACCUUUGUCAAAAUUGCUGCUUUCCCAGUAUUGACCAGGUACAAUCCAGGGGCCAACCGUUUACUUAGCCUGACCAUGGAGGUUACUUUCUGGAAAUUGUCAGAUGUUUUGCUGAAACUCAGAGGUUACUUUCUUGGAACUUGCCAAGUACUUGUCCAGACACUACAAGGUACUUUCUCAGAAAUUAAAGGGUACUUUCCAAAGAUGACCUGAAACCUUUAUGGAAUCUAUUAAUUCUAUGUCUAGAACAUAUCGGAUAACUUUCCAGAACACACAAGGGACUUUUAAUAAACUUUCACAGAACCUUCUGGGUAUUUCUUAGAAGUUACCAUGUACUUUCUGGAAACUAGACUUGACUUUUCAAAACUUACCAGUUACUUUCUGGAACAUACUAGAUACUUUACUGGAGGGUUUAUGGAACUGACUAGUUACCUUGAACUUACUAGGUGCUUUCCUGGAACCUUCAUGGAACUUAGUGCCGAUUUUACUGGACACUUUCCAGAAGUUGCCAGGUACAUACUUGAACAUAGAGGUUGCCUUUCAAAAAUAGCAGGUUCCUCGCUGGAAUUUUCACAGAAACUACCAGUUACAUUCCUGGAACUUCCAAGGUACUUUUCAAAACUUUCUGGGAAAGUAAUUUCUAAGAUCUAGAGAAGUAUAAAAUGUAUUAUGUAGUCUUACCUUCAAAACUACUAAGACAUGAAUGUUAAUUUUGAAAAGUUUUAAAGCUGUUGUUCUCAGCAGAGUAGAGGAAAGGUGGGACAAUAGCAGUGGCUAAAGUUGGAUAAGAUAUUCAGUUUUAUGUAACCACUGAUUGAGGAAAAGGUUUAAAAUGAUUGCAGUGAAACAGAAAGUAUAUUUAUAGUUUUGAGUUUUUUUAAUGCUUUGCUUACUUUAUUCCCCUGGUGGGUAGUGUCAUGUAUAUACAGUGUAAGCACCGGGCAAUGUAUGUAGCAAAUGUAACAAAUUUUGAGCCACUUACAGAUGUUAAAAACUAUUAGCUUCUAUAUUCAGACACAGAGAGUGCAGUCUUUCUGGUAAAAUCCUCUUUUGGUUAGUGCAUUAUGAUUUUGCCUUAAUAAUGAAAUGGAUUAUAUUCCACAGAAGUAUGUAAGGUAUUUUGUUUGACGAUUUUCCAGUAAACCAGGAUAAACUGGCUGUGUACAGUAUUAUGUACAGACAGUCUGAUGCAUUUCCUAACAUGCAAUGUGUUCAAAGACACAUAAUUGGAAAUGUGUUAUCCUUAUGAUUGUUAAAUCCUAUAAUUACCUUCCUGUCUUUGACAGUUUGAAAGAAAUGUUAAAGGCAACAUAUAAGUGUAACACAUUCUACCCAAAUAUGAUAGCAGGGGCUACACAGUAGUAUUAUUGUGCUUCUUAAAAUAUUUAUAUGUAUUUUUUACAGGCUUUGUAUAGAGAGACACCUGAAGCUCAAGUGGCAGGCAUGUACCACUUUUAUGUGUUCAGAUCAAAUCUAUAUAUAGAAUGGUAUGUGUAUUGUAUUUAAACCCUACCCUUGCACCCUUGAAUCUGUAUCCUUCAGCAAGAACACCAGAUGUUUGCAGUGAGCAAUACCCAGUGACAGAAUUCUGUUUCAGUCUAUUUCAACUGCUUGAGUAGUAUUUCCAGUUUUGUAUAAAAGUGUACUCUUUCCUGAUUACCUCUUGUUAAUAAAUAUGUUCUUUCUCAGGG